UAUUUUUUAAAAAUUCACGUUUAAUUUAGAACCCAAAAUUUAAUAGGCUACCUUCUGAAUGUCAACAUAUAAAUUAAUAGCGUCAUGCUUCUCCAUCUCCUAAUGAAUAUAUUCACUAAUACUACCCAUCCUUUCAAGUGGUCUUGCUUGUACGUCUCUCAUGCAUAUUGACACAACUGAUCAUGGAAUCCAUACGAGCAUACUUGAACAGUCCUAUGGGUCCUAAAACAACUCACUUUUGGGGUCCUAUGGCCAACUGUGGAUUUGUCAUCUCUGGAAUGAUGGAUGCAAGUAAGCCUCCAGACACGAUAUCUGGUAACAUGACUGCAGUAUUGUGUGUAUAUUCGAUGUUGUGUAUGAGAUUUGCAUGGAUGGUGAGGCCUAGAAAUCAUAUGCUGCUAGCUUGUCAUGCUGCUAAUGAAUCUGUGCAACUCUACCAACUUUCUCGUUGGCUAUCCCAUAAACACUACAGGAACCUCCAACCAAAGGAAGACGGGACGGCUUCUGAGUGACUUUAUUUACCCCUAAAAUAGAAACAAUCAGUUUCCCAGAAGCUUAGUUACAUGUAUCAAAAGGAAAAUGUAUAAGCAUAAAAACUGCGUGAUUAGUGCGUCCGUCAGCCUUAUUCUCUUUUGCACUUCAAAACUGGCAUUGGGAAUUUCAGUUUGCAUAGUUAUUUUUGUGAAGUAAAAGAUAGCAGUAAAGAAUUAAAAAAAGAAAAAGAAAUUGUAUAAGCUUACAUACAUAUACAAUAUAUAAGCAAAUGGUUAAUGUCUCACAAUUGAGAACUUAUUCUCCUUAGCCAAGUGCUACCCAACAAAGUGUAAACGUUAAUUCUCAAAAACUAAUCAUGCAUCAA